AUGGGGGACGCUCUGAGCCCUGAGGAGAAGCUGCACCUUAUCACCCGGAACCUGCAGGAGGUUCUGGGGGAAGAAAAGCUGAAGGAGAUCCUGAAGGAGCGGGAACUUAAGGUUUACUGGGGAACAGCAACCACAGGCAAGCCACAUGUGGCUUACUUCGUGCCCAUGUCUAAGAUUGCGGACUUCCUGAAGGCAGGUUGUGAGGUAACGAUUCUGUUUGCAGACCUCCACGCAUACCUAGAUAACAUGAAAGCCCCGUGGGAACUUCUAGAACUCCGUACCAGCUACUAUGAGAAUGUGAUCAAGGCAAUGCUGGAGAGCAUUGGUGUGCCUUUGGAAAAGCUCAAGUUCGUAAAAGGCACUGACUACCAACUCAGCAAAGAGUACACACUAGAUGUGUACAGACUCUCCUCUGUGGUCACACAGCAUGAUGCCAAGAAAGCUGGAGCUGAGGUGGUAAAGCAGGUGGAACAUCCUUUGCUGAGUGGUCUCCUGUACCCUGGACUGCAGGCUUUGGAUGAAGAAUAUUUGAAAGUAGAUGCUCAAUUUGGAGGUGUUGAUCAGAGAAAGAUUUUCACCUUUGCAGAAAAGUACCUUCCUACACUGGGCUAUGCAAAACGAGUCCAUUUGAUGAAUCCUAUGGUCCCAGGAUUAACUGGCAGCAAAAUGAGCUCUUCUGAAGAGGAGUCCAAGAUUGAUCUGCUUGAUCGCAAGGAGGAUGUGAAGAAAAAGCUGAAAAAGGCCUUCUGUGAGCCAGGAAACGUGGAGAACAAUGGGGUUCUAUCCUUCAUCAAACAUGUCCUCUUUCCCCUCAAAUCUGAAUUUGUAAUCCUUCGAGAUGAGAAAUGGGGUGGAAACAAAACCUACACUGUGUACUUGGACUUGGAGAAGGACUUUGCUAGUGAGGUUGUCCACCCCGGGGACCUAAAGAAUUCUGUUGAAGUCGCCUUGAACAAGUUGCUGGAUCCCAUCCGGGAAAAGUUUAAUACCCCUGCACUGAAGAAACUCACCAGUGCUGCCUAUCCAGACCCCUCAAAGCAGAAGCCAAUUGCCAAAGGCCCUGCCAAGAAUUCAGAACCAGAAGAGAUCAUCCCAUCCCGGCUGGAUAUCCGCGUGGGGAAAAUCAUUAGUGUGGAGAAGCACCCAGAUGCAGACAGCUUGUACGUGGAGAAGAUCGACGUGGGGGAAGCUGAACCACGGACUGUGGUGAGCGGCCUGGUGCAGUUUGUACCCAAGGAGGAAUUACAGGACAGGCUGGUGGUGGUGCUGUGUAAUCUGAAAGCCCAGAAGAUGAGAGGAGUCGAGUCCCAAGGCAUGCUUCUGUGUGCUUCUAUAGAAGGAAUAAGUCGCAAGGUUGAACCUCUGGACCCUCCUGCAGACUCUGCUCCUGGAGAGCGAGUGUUUGUGAAGGGCUAUGAAAAGGGACAACCAGAUGAAGAGCUCAAGCCUAAGAAGAAAGUCUUUGAGAAGUUGCAGGCUGACUUUAAAAUUUCUGAGGAGUGCAUCGCACAGUGGAAGCAAACCAACUUCAUGACCAAGCUGGGGCUGGUCUCCUGUAAAUCGCUGAAGGGGGGGAACAUUAGCUAGCCAGCCUGGCAGCUGCCUCACCCAUUCCAUCAUCCCAACUCAUCUGCUAUCUCCUCAGUUUGCUCCAUUCACCAUCUAGCUCCCAAGACACUGAUGCAGCAGGUUGGGGACUCCUGAGGCGCACAGCUCCUAAGGAGCAACUCACCCUGCCCAGAAUCUGGGAUCUUCCUAUCUGGCAGCCUGUGUGUUAACAGAGUAGAAUGGCAGCAGGGAGUCCAGCUCUACCUUCUUCCCUGGGCAGCUGAUUUUGAGCAAUCAGGUUUCCAUAUAACUCACAGAAAAAGUGUAUGCCACACAGCCCUUCAAAUUGGAAAAACAUUGGUUUCCAAGUUUUCCGGGAAUUAGUCCAGCAGCUGGGCCUCUGGCUGGAAUCUGGAGCCUGGACUAGGCUGACAGCUUCUCCCCAGCAGGAAAUUGUGGGUUUGGAAAGGGAAAGGAAAGCAAAGAACCUAGUGGUCUACCAAGUGCUUGGCAUCUUUCCCUGGUGCUUGCCACCCCUGAGGCUUGACACUGAGGGGCAGGGCCUGCCUCAGAGCUCCUGGAAUUUCCUUUGAUCUUAUUAGGUUGAGACACUCCCUGAACCAGCUGUGUUGUUAGCAUAGAGGUGGAUAGGAUGGGGCCUGUGGUUCUCCAGAAGGUGGAGAACUUCUCCAUAAUCCUCAGAAUUGUUAACCAUCACUGAACAAAUAAAAUGUCUAAACAAGGG